UGCGUCUGUCGCAGUGCACGGCAGUGGUGACGCGCCGCUGUCUGUCACAGUCUCAGAGCUCCAGUCCUGUAAUCCGGGAAGAAGCUGAAACUGAUCUCGACGGAGCUUGAAAUAUUACGGUCACUGCGACACUAUCUGGGCUUCUUCGUAGCUGUUAUGGAUGCCACCUGCUGGUUCUGCUGAUCUACCGCUCUCAAAGUUCAGAAGGCCAUGAGCCCAGUCAGCUCCCGUCUGCAGAAUGAGCCUCCGAACCAUAGGAGGUGGUGUGCUCAGUUCCCUGGGCCCUAGUCUGGCAGUACAGGCUGGAGCACCCUGGAGCUCCAUCUCUUUUAGACCCAUUCCCUCCUUGCUUCAGACCAUGGUACCUGCCGGUUACACCGCUUUACAGGAGGAACGGCUGGCCAUGGUGGACCUCAGCACGCCCAAGCCAGAGUCCCUCAAAAACGGGUUCCACCGCGAGCCCCGCCGCCACUCGGACCGCAGCAGCAGAACAUCCAUCAGCCUGUCUGAUGCCGGAGACGGGCGCUAUGCGGAGACGGAGCCCAUCUUGCCUGAGGGCAGACUUUCGGGAGAAGAGGCCGACGAGGAAGAGGAGAGCGAGGAGGAAGGGCAGCAGCUGGCAACCAGAAACAUGCCCAAAGAGUCGCCCCUGGCCAUGGCACUGCAGAUACUAGUUCCCUUCCUUCUAGCUGGGUUUGGGACGGUGUCAGCCGGAGUGGUACUGGAUAUAGUACAGCAUUGGGAAGCGUUUAAGAACAUUACAGAGAUUUUCAUCCUGGUUCCUGCUCUUUUGGGUUUGAAAGGAAAUCUGGAGAUGACCCUCGCUUCCAGACUGUCCACAGCGGUAAAUGUGGGGAAAAUGGACUCACCCAUAGAGAAGUGGAAUCUCAUUAUUGGGAAUUUGGCACUGAAACAGGUGCAGGCCACCGUAAUCGGGUUCCUGGCAGCAGUAGCAGCUGUUGUACUGGGUUGGAUUCCUGAGGGAAAGUUCCAGAUCGGUCACGCUGUUUUGCUGUGUUCCAGUAGUGUCGCUACAGCCUUCAUAGCAUCUAUGCUGCAGGGUAUAAUAAUGGUGGGUGUAAUUGUGGGCUCUAAGAAGACAGGCAUCAACCCUGAUAAUGUAGCCACACCCAUCGCCGCCAGUUUUGGUGACCUCAUCACGCUGGCCAUCCUGGCAGGGAUCAGCCAGGGCCUCUACAACUGCCUAGACUCUCACCCAUAUGUGUCAUCGCUGGUGUGUGCCUUCUUCAUGUGUCUGACUCCACUGUGGAUGGUCAUCUCCUCCAAACACCCUGCCAGCCGUCAGCUGCUGUACUCAGGCUGGGAGCCCGUGAUCACUGCCAUGUUCAUCAGCAGCAUUGGAGGACUCAUUCUGGACAAAACUGUGUCUGAUCCCAACCUUGCUGGGAUUGUGGUUUACACGCCUGUUAUCAAUGGUAUCGGGGGAAACCUGGUGGCUAUCCAGUCCAGUCGGAUAUCCACCUACCUGCACUUUCACAGCACCCCUGGAGAGGUUCCUGAUGAGGCCAAGGGUUGCUACUGCCCCUGCCGAACCUUCUGUGGCUCAGGGGCCAAUCACAGGUCAGCACAGGUACUGCUGUUACUGGUUGUCCCUGGCCAUUUGAUCUUCCUGUACACUAUUGAUCUGAUGGAAAGAGGUCACACCUCACUGACGCCCGUCUUCAUGGUUGUGUAUUUGGCUGCUGCUCUUCUCCAGGUGUUCUUGUUGCUUUGCAUAGCGGACUGGAUGGUGCACUCCAUUUGGAAGAGCGGGAAAGAUCCGGACAGUUUCUCUAUCCCGUACCUGACGGCGCUGGGCGACUUGUUGGGAACGGCCUUCCUAGCUCUCAGCUUCCACUUCCUGUUUAUCAUCGGAGACCAAGACAGUGAUGUGGGUGACUAAGGUCAUUCUUUGACCUUUGAUCCCAGAGAUCAAACUAUAUCAUACUUGCCGUCCUCACUUAUUGCCUUGAAUGGCUGCUUGUCGGAUCGAAUGGCAUGUGGCAACUUAGCAUUUCUCUGUCGGGUUAAAACAUUUUUGUUACUCUUCUUAAAGUGCCAGAUGAUUUAUAAGAUGCAUCGAGAGAUUCAGCACAUGCAGUGAGGUUUAGAAGGCGGAAAAAUGUCUCCCUCAUCUCAAAAACGGUGAUUUCUUGUGCAUCUGAAGUGGGACGGUACGAAAAGCAUCUUAAAUGCUCUCUCCUGCCCUGUCAGUUUUCCUUAUCAGCACUAUAGCAGUGGAAGGACCAAAUACAAACCCCAAAACAAAAUAUAUAAGAUUGUCCUGGUGAUUGUACAUUAUUUAUUUGCCCUUUUUGUCUUUGUCCUUCUUUAUUUACUACUUUACUCAUGUUUUUUGUUGUCUCUUUUGAGUGACUUUGAGACACGACCUUGUUGCCACGACUUCCUCCUGUAUGUCCAAUCAAAUCGGACCUUAUUACAAGUAUAGCCGCACAGUUUUACUCAUUUACUCAACCAGUGCCAGGUCAAUUCGUAUAAACCUCUGUAAUGCAGUUUGAAAGUUAAAGUAUUGCUUAAUAGCUUAGAAUAAUGAACUAAUAUAU